UCUGCCUCCUCAAUAUCUCUCUCUCUCUCUCUCUCUCUCCCUCUCUCUCUGACCCGCCAUUAAUGUCCCACACAGAAAGCUCAAAUUUUGAACCUCCAAAACAAAUUUGAAACCAAACCCAACACCCAAAAUCACUUUCACAGACAUGUUAAUGAACAACAACAAGAAGAAGAAGAUUAUGAAGCUCCCCUCUCUCUUCAAAUCCUCCGCAGACGACAACUCCACCUGGCCCUGGCCGUCAUGUCGCCAGCCAAGAACCCUUUCUUUCCGAACCAACACUUCCGCCGCCGUCGCCGCCCCCGCCACCGCCGCAACAGAUUCCUCCGACUCCUUCUUUACACUCUCCUCCGAGUCCUCCGGCAGCCUCUCAACGGCGUCGGAUUGCUCCGGCGGCGACCCUAUAGAGAGAAUGAUCCGAGGGCUCAGGUCAGACAGACUCCUCUUCGAGCCCGCAGGAAAAUCAAGCUCGAUUCUGAAAGAGAACGAAAACGGCGACGUGUCACCGGAGUUGAAGGAGGGGACGACGGUUAUAUCCAUGGAUUCCGAUGACCCAUUUUUGGAUUUUAGGAAAUCGAUGGAGGAGAUGGUGGAGGCGCAUGGGAUGAAGGAUUGGGAGAGGUUAGAGGAGCUUUUGAGUUGGUAUUUGAGAGUUAAUGGAAGAAACAACCAUGGAUUUAUUCUUACAGCUUUUGUGGAUUUAUUAGUCAGUCUUGCAAUGACGGCGGCGCCGUCUUCUUCCUCCUCCGACAAAUUUGUAAUUUCUCCAUUGGUGGGUUCGUGUUGUUCCUCCUUGUGUUCUUCUUCAUCUUCUUCUUCAAAUUUAUUACCUUGUAUAUCCUCAUCCAUGGAGAUCGAGGAGAUACCUUCAUUAGAUCAACAUCACCAUCAUGUUUUUUCCUGAUUUUUUUAAUACUAUUUUCAAAUUUGAAGAA